GGUUUAAUCAAUAUGUCUGCCCCCGUCACAUCAACAAAAGUUGUGAUUUGAAAUACUGAAAAUGAGUUUACAAAGCAAUGUCAGAGCUUCUGUUCGAGAAAUACAAAAUAAUUUAAGGCGGGCAAGUUCUAAGGAUGCAUUUGUUAAAGGUCUGAAAUGCGCGUGCGAAUUCCUGCCGUGUCAACAAAAAGAAAAAGCAGACGAAAUAUACCAUCAACUGGAUGAGAGUUCUGAAGUGUUCUUGAAAAAUCAUCAUUCUCAGUUCACUCGAUUUCUUUUGGACAUAAUGAAUGUUGACAACGUUGGGCAAUUGAACAAAGAUGAAUUUACUAAAUAUUUUUUAAUAUUCUUUCUCAAUGGCAGUUGUGAAAAUGCGUUGCUGGCUGUCUUAAGUUUCCUUGGACGUUCUGGUCCAAGCUAUCAACUCAACAAGAGUAUUGCCAUUCUUGAAGAGUUUUUGAGACAGCAUAAAAUUGCCACAAUCCUGCAAGAACAAAGUGGGUUGCUGAGACCGUCAACAUGCUACCUAUAUGAAUGGAAAUCUGAAGGAAGGACUUUGCUAUGGGAAUCAUUGGUAUCUGAGAUUGCAUCCAUUCCUGAUAAAAUGGCCAACAAGCUGAAGACUGAAAUAAGUGACAUUUUCCAUCCCAAACGCUACAUCCCCCUUCUGAUCUCUGAUAUUCUUUCCACACUUGGUAUGGUGUGUAAAUACAUUCGUUUGUCAAAAGACUGCAGCUUGGAAUUCAUCAGUCACCUUGUUGGGAAACUUUGCAUCUCAGGAUAUGCAGACCAAUUCUGGGAUAUUAUGCUUCAACAGACCAUGCUGUUGGUCCGCCAAGAUUUCAUUUGGAGCAGAGUAAUGGAAACCAUAGUUACAAGAGUGCCGGACAGAUGUAUGGAGAGCGUUCUAGUUCCUCUUGUAAAGGCUUUAGGCUGGUAUGGAUUGAUGGAUCGUUUCCUUGGCAACUGUGUAACUCAGAACCAAAAGAUUCAGCUGUUAUUGUGCACCAAGCUAAUUUUUCACAGAUACUUUAGCACACCUCAGGUCUUGCAGAAUGUGAUUGGAUAUUUGGCGACAGGGGCAAGUAGAAAGUACCUGUAUGCAAAGAUGCUGAAGGAGCUGGUGCAGGUGUGGGGCGACCGCAGCUCAGUACAGCACACGUCAUACGAGCAGCACUACUACCUCACACAGGCACUUGUCAUCUCUAUGGCCUUCCUCAACGACCCUCAGAAACAUGAGCUCAAAGAUGAGUUGCUCCGUCACCUGUUGACCAGUGUUGACAACCACAUCAGCUUUGCGGAUGCCCGGAUCAGGAAGCUGGGAAUGCUAGUUGGAGAGAUCAUCACACGCAAACUGGAGCCGGAUGGGCCUGACCUAAACUUUGAGGUGGGGGAUGAUGAUGAAGUGAAAGAGCUGAGAUCCUUACUGGUUGUGCCAGAAGACCAUUUCAACAUUGAAAUACCAGAUGAAUUGAGCAUGCUGCUGUCAGAAAAUGGUACAGAAGUGGCACUCCUUGGAAUCGAUGAAUUCCUGGAAAGCAGUGAACCCAGCUCUGUGAUGUCAUCAGCAGGUGCACAGAAACCAGUGACAUCAUCAGUGACAUCAUCACAGGAUAUACAAACAUGUGACCCACCAUCAGAUCUUGAUAGUGAUGAUGACCUUGAGCCUUAUGACCUUACAAAUGAUACAGAUAAGUCCAAGGUCAAGCAACCAAAGUAUAUUCGGGAUUGCAUGGAAGAUCUGAUCAACAAUGAGGGGCCAAACAAAGUUGGGGAAGCCCUUAAAGCAGCAGAGUCUCUCAUCAGAGGAAAUCCUUUUGGUCUUACAGAGAUCAGUGCUGAGUUUUCUAAAGUUUUACUGCAUCUCACCGAUGAAUACUCCUUGCCUGACUUCAGGAAAAACAGAUUUAACUCCCUUGUGGCUUUGGCAGUAAUGGCACCUAAACAGGUGGCCUGUUACCUAUCAGAGCAGUUUUAUGAAAGGAACUACAGCAUAAGACAGCGACUUGAUGUCAUAGAGGUUUUAGGAACAGCAGCACAGGAGCUUUCCAAGCCCACGGAUCUCAACACUGGGAAGGGAGACAAGCCUAAUAUCAGCAAGAUUGAGGAAUUACCUCCCCCAAGCUCCGAGCCCGAGAAAUGGCAGGAGGUGGUGCAGAGACGCAUUGACAGCAAGACGAGAAGGUUUGGUCAGGGAAAAACUAGGCCUGAGCUGAAGGCUGUCGAGAACAAGUUCUCCCCCGUCGCUGGACAUUUCUUCUACCCGCUUCUGAAACAUUUUGAUAGGACAGAAAACACAUUUGAUCUGAUGGGGGAAGACUGUUUUGUUCUCGGCCGAUUGAUGUACACGCUAGGAAUCGUGAUGUAUGCUGCAGCUAAUUCCCCUCCAGCAAAACAGAUGGGAAAAACCCUGCUUGAAUUUAUCUGGGUGCUUAGAUUCCACAGUGACAGCAAGGUGCGACAGGGUCUGUUGUUUGCAGUCUCCAUGGUCUACCUGUCGGUACCUGCUCACAUGCUUCUAAAUGAUCUACAGCAAGAGGUGUUUGAAUCCAAAAACUGGCUCGAAGAUGUGAUUGACAAAGAUGUGAACGUGACCUGCAAGACUCUGGCAGUUCAAGCCUUGGUGCUGUUGGAGAACAUAAUAAAACAGGAAUUGUUAUGUGAUACAGAUUUUACUUGAGGAUUUACAAUGGAACAACAAUUGAAGAAAACUGCAAACAGAUACAAUGGAUUUCUGAAAGGAAAACGAACGUGGACAUAUUAUGUAAUCAAUUUUAAAGAAUGUAGCAAGAGUUGAGAGCAUGUAGACAAGAGAAACUUUUUGUAUUGACACAAACACCUUUGGAAAGUUAUUAAGCACCUGAUUUGUAUUGGCAGCAUAUCAUGAUGGUUGUUGUUAAUUAAUCUGUCAAUAAUCAAAUGAUUUUGUUAAUUUAAUAAUGAUCCGAUCAUCCGA